GAUGCCACCUCGCGCGGGGGGAAGGACAUUCACCCGCCGCGUGGCCCCAGAAGGGACGGCGGCUUCUGGCGAGCUCACUCACGAUCGGUAUAGAGACCCAAGUCCUUUCCAGCCAAGGGUCCGGCUCGAAACAGGUGUUGGCAGUCCUGGCGGCAGUGAACUACGCACUCACGCUUUUGUUCACAAUGGAGAUGGCACUACGGAUCUACGUGUUGAGGCAUGACUUCUUUGUCGAAGAGCGGUUGUGGAACUGGUUUGACAUGGCCAUCGUGCUCCUGGCACUCGCCGAGGUUGCUCUGGAGUUUGUUCUGCGCUCUCUUUCAAGCGGCAGCCGUCACCUCCUCGACAACGGCGGGACUGCGAAGAUCCUGCGCCUCUUUCGGGUCGCCCGUCUGCUCCGCCUGAUCCGAAGCUUUCGCUCCCUGAAGCCCUUGCGGAUGCUCGUUCACUCUAUAUUCUUUGCCGGCAAGUAUGUUCUUUGGGCGCUCAUCAUGCUCUUCAUGAUCGUCUACGCCUUUGGAGUCGUCUUGACACAAGCUGUAGCGGAGCACACUGGAGGUGGCACGCAUAUCGAUGACGAUGCUCUGGUGGCGUACUUUGGGAGCCUCUAUCGGUCAAUGUUGAGUCUUUGGAUGGCUGUCUCUGGAGGUAUCAGUUGGAUCGAACUCACUGGUCCACUCGAAAGGACUGGAAAUAUUUUCUUGGUCUUGUUGUUGUUACUCUACAUCAACUUCGUGUACGUAUUUAUACUCAACGUGGUGACCGGCGUUUUCUGUCAGAACGCACUCGAGGGGGCUCAACAAGACCUGGACCUUACCAUCGAGAGUCAGCUCAAGGAUAAGCAGCUAUACGUUGACCGCCUGCGCCUGCUCUUCAAGGAGAUGGGAGAGGAGACUGGUGCUGUGGACAGUGGGCUGACAGGAGCCGAACUCCAUUUCCAGCUGGCGCAGCCAAAGGUGCAGUCCUGGUUCCGGGCGUUGGACAUCGACGCCACGCAGACGUGGAAGCUCUUCAAAGUUCUCGACGCGGGCAACUCGGGCCGUGUAUCCCUCGAGGACUUCGUGGAGGGCUGCCUGCGGCUGAGGGGGCAGGCCACGCGCGUCGACGUGGAGUCUCUGAAGUGGGAGAUCAGAGGGGCGAACAGACGCUCCGAGCAGGAUGCUCAGAUGCUCGCCGAGCUGAUCCAAGACCUCGGGGACGUGCGGUCCUCGAUGGUGCGCGUGCGCAGUGCGGGUGCUUCUGUAGGCCGCGCCGCCACCGGCGACUCGGCGUGACGUUUCGCGAGCUGCUCUGCCGUUCUUGCGUUGCCUCUGGCACGUAGGCAUCGUUAUCACUCGGGGCUGUUCACGGACGCAUCACAGUUCUGAGGCCACCGCCUUCCCUCCAUGCCCCAACGGGCACGGGCGGGCUCCCCAAACGGAGCGCGCACGAUUCCGGCCUGCGCUUCGCUUCGCUUUCACUCUUGCUCUUGUUGCCGCUGCCGCUGCCCCAGUCCCGGCUCGUGGCGCCUCACGGAGCGUUGUAGGCAGACACUGACGCCGUGAGCGCUGCCUUCGACUGCCCCUCGGGGGUCAUUCGCCGGCAGGUGGGCGUUGUCGUUCGGAGCAGAA